AUGCAGGACGGGCUUAACAAGCUCAUGUCCUUGCUUGGCCCUGAGGGCGUGCAACACCUUGUAGCGCAAGGCCCCAAAGCAAUCGGUUCGCGUCUAGAGGCGUUUUCAAAUUUCGAAAACGCGCUGCUAGAGCACCUGCAGCAGAGAACGUCUGCUUCAUUUGCGUCUAUGACGCCACUGUCGGUGACGGAAGAUUUUCCCCGCCCUAAGCCGCUCAUGGUGAGUGUUAAGGCCUUUGAGGGGAAGGAUGGAGAGAAUUUCCUGCUCUGGGUGGAAGAGGUCGAGAUGGCCAUCGCAUCUGCCAUGCUCCAGACCGACCAACAGCGCGUAGCGCUAGCCAUCUCAAAGCUCGGUGGUCGAGCGCGAGAAUGGGAACUGACGUGCGGUACUUCGGUCGAAGUUGCGUUUCCCUCCUGGGCAAAGCUGAAAUUGCAGCUCUCACGAGUGUUCUCGCCGCCUAAUCAGGUGUAUCUCGUGUGA